AUGGGCGUCGUUUCCAAGGUAGCGGCGGCGGAUGCCGGUCCUUUCACCGUGCACUUUUGGGCGCCCAUGUCGAAAUGGAUGAUUUCUGGGGCUUCCUUUAUGGAUCUGCACCGCCCGACGGAUAAGAUUAGUCUUCCGCAAUACACAGCCCUGACUUUGACGGGAUUUUUCUUUUCGCGAUACGCCCUGCUGGUAACCCCGAUCAAUUAUACGCUUUGCAGUGUCAACAUUGCUCUGUUUGGAAGUUCCGCAUGGCAUUUGGGACGAAAAGUCAACGCCGAUUUUAUCGAGAAGAAAGCUUAA